AUGCUCCAUCGCCUUUCCACCACCCUACUGGAACAACAACAACACCGCUUUGUCUCGCUUCGAACACGCAACCGCAGAAUGAGUGUGCCCGUGAUCAGCUCUUGGGAUGGGCCGGCGAUCCGAAUCGGCGUCAUCGGCGGUUCGGGGCUGUACAAGCUCGACUCGAUCUCGCCCGUCGCCGAGAUCAACGUCAACACGCCCUGGGGUGCGCCGUCGUCGCCGAUCACGAUUGCGAAGACAGCAAAGGGCAACCACGUGGCGUUCCUGGCGCGGCACGGACGCAACCAUGCGAUCCUGCCGAGCAACGUGCCCAACCUGGCCAACAUUGCGGCGCUCAAGCACUUGGGUGUCAAAGCGAUCCUGGCCUUUUCGGCGGUCGGCUCGCUGCGAGAGGAGAUUGCGCCCAAGGACUUUGUCAUCCCGAGCCAGAUCAUCGACCGCACCAAGGGCGUGCGCAGGGCGAGCUACUUUGGCUUUGGCGACGAGGAGAGCGUCGUUGCUCACGCCGGGUUCGGCGAUCCGUUCUGCGAGGUUCUGCGUCCGCUGGUCUACCAGACGGUCAAACAGACGCUGGCCGAGCACUCGCCGCAGGUCAAGGUGCACGAGGCCAAGACAGUCGUCUGCAUGGAGGGCCCACAGUUCAGCACGCGAGCCGAGAGCCUGAUGUACAGGGCCUGGGGCGGCGACAUCAUCAACAUGUCUGUCUUGCCCGAAGCCAAACUGGCGCGCGAGGCCGAGGUGGCAUAUGUGCUGAUUGCCACCGCUACCGACUACGACGCUUGGAGACCCUCUUCCGCCGCUGUCAACGUCGCAGAGGUGCUGGAGAGCCUCAAGGCUAAUGUCGAGGCCAGCAAUGCCAUCACUACCACCCUGUUGGACACCAUCUACCCCGAGGUCGUCGACGACGAAUCCAGCAAGAGCAUCAAGGCCAUCAAGGACUCGAUGAGGUUCAGCAUCAUGACCAGGCCCGAGUUCAUCCCGGAAAAGGCAAAGGACAACCUGAGGUUCUUGCACCCUUGGUUCGCUCGCAACUAA